AUGCUGAGGCCGCGCCCUAGCCUUCGAGAUCUCCUUACCAAUUGGCUUGACGAUGUAGGCGAGCAGCUGAUGCCAGAUCAAAGUUCCAGUGAAGGGGAACAAGAAGCGCCAGAAGAACACACUCUUCAACCUGCCAACGAAUCUUCAACAGUCUCUACCGACAGUGUCGAGUCAGGCCCAACUGGCAGUGGCACCCCAUUAAACGAGCAAGAACCAGCGAUACCUCAUCUAGACUCUGCAAUUGCGCUGCUCGAAAGCCAGAUGUGCAAGGCCGAGGGCGACUCCACACCCUCAAAGCCGCCCAGCAAGCGACGAUCCAAGAAGACCAUUGCUCUGUGGGACUUGAAUGAGUACAAGGACGAACCGUCUCCAACGAAGCUCAACACCAACAUACCAGAUGUCAAUCGCUUGGACAGUCCCAGUUCCUCGACUUGGUCUGGUAGUGGUCGAUUCCAUGUCAUUGAUCGAUCGUACUCGCCAGAGCCAAGAGAUGACGACUGUUACCCUUUCUUUUCGACAUUCGCUACAAGAUGCGGCAGCAAUACCCAUCGCUCCGCGCGUGCACAAGACAGCCGGGAGGACGACUAUCGAGACGAGAAACACGGAACUGUCGAGAACGAACCUCAGUCGAUGGCACACAGCAACCCGCCAGUCUUCGUAAUGUCUGCCAGAGUGCCAGACAGUCCCUUGCCACAGGGCGUUCUAGCAGGACUGGGUGACUGGUCCCUCCACAGCGAGAUCGAAGGAAAUCAGACUCAGCUUCAUGUCGAACAUCCUCCAGACCUGGAUCCUACUUACAUGCAGGGGAAUAUGCCACAGGACAAAUUCAACGAAGACUUUGGCAAUGCCCUGCAGGAAGCUUAUGACUCGAGUGCAAUCUUCGCGAUGGUACGCCUACCACCAGGAGUUCCGCUUUCCUAUCACUUGCGAUGGGGUAUGGCUCGUAUGGCUCCAGAGACACGGUCACUAUUCCUUUGCAAAUUAUGGACACUCGGCCUGAGAGGUCAAUAUUACACCAUGCUUGCAUCUGGGCCUCUUCUUUACACGCUGCCACCACCAGGGAGUGAUGGAUGUCAGCCACAGAAGUUGGGCAUCUCCUCUGGUCAACCUGUGCAAGCGACCAGGGUCUGCUCUUCCUCGUCGUCCUCAAGCAGUGGAUCAUCAUCCGUAGCAUGGUCAUCACCCGUCCUGAAACCACAGAAACGACGAUCGAUGUCGUUCGGAGGAGUCAGCGCCGUCUCUGACAAACCACCAACCAGACCUCGCACCAUCCAGUUCGGAGGUGUCACCGCCGUAUCUCAAAGGCCACUGGAUCCGCGCAAACAUGCAGCCGCAAUCGCUUUUUCCAAGCCAACGCCCACGAUUUUGCGAAGCCCAGCGAUCAAACCAUUCGAGGACGAAGACAGCGAUGAUGAUCUCGAUCCCGAAGAGUUGGCCAGUUUUCUAGCUGAAGAUGAAAAGGAGCCACUCGAUCUCAUCUCCGCCGAUAUCUCAGAGAUCGAUUCCUCUGCGAAUUCUGGGAUGAUUGCCCAGGCUAGAUGGCAGAUGCAGGCUGAAGCUGAUUUCCUAGCAGCACACAGCGUCGGGAAAGGUAAAGGCAGGGCAUCACAGGAGGACUAUGAAGUUGACACAAGGGAUGAACAUUCAAACGACGACAUGCCGACUAUCAUGCCGGAGCCUCUCACUCAACAACCUUCACCAGAUGCGGCUAUGGCAGCCAUCAGGGGCCAGGGGCUGGAGCCGCCACCAAGUCCAAGACCAGCAGCUCUCGAGCUUGACGCAGACGAUGGAGAGCUGGACCAGGCCAGUAUGUUCGCCGACCGGACAAAUGAGUCUUGCGGUUCGUCUGAGCAACGCGGGUGGAACAAAUCCCACAGUCUCUCAGCGUCAAGCCCGCAAAGCAGCACGACUGGCUCGAUCAGGUCAUCGAGCUCGAGUUCGACGUCUAGCGCAGGGAAAGAGAAGAAGCUGGCAUUCGAGCUGGACGGGACUUCUCAAGGCUGGAAGCCCCACAGCACCAAGUCCGGCGCCAGCAUCGGUCUUGAAUCUGACAGAGCGUUCAACGGUGGAGGUUUCCAAGCGUUGAAAGAUUCGUUGCGAAUGACGCAAAUCGCAAAGCCGGGGGAGUCGGUCAGUCAGGCGAUCAAGCGUGUGAAGCAGCUGCGUGUGCCCCCUAGGCCUAAGGCAGAAGACUUGGCUAGAGUGAAGGCGAAUCGUCAAGCUCACCUCGCUGAUCGCCAGCCAAUCGUACGGGACUCUGCGAGUGAGGUUCCUGGAGUGAAUGUAGGAGGUGGUAUGAUGAGUACCGCCCUCAGCAUGACCUCCCCGCCGCCCCCGGCGCCGCCCCAUCGCGUGCCCGUGUCCGCCGCUCACGGCGAGGAGAGCGUCCCCGCUCUCAACGAUCGCAAGGACAGCACGGAUGUCCAGUCGUUCCCCGUGGCCACGGCCGCUGGAAGUGCCACGGAGAUGGCAGCGCAAACCAAGGGCGCCGAUGAGAACCCUGGACGCUGGAGCGAGGCCAGCACCACCGCCGCCCCCAAGGCUCCCAGGACUGGACCGGUCAAGCACGUCCACUUCGAGGAUUCCAUAGAGCCCGAGAUACCAAUAGCCAAUGUUGAUGAUGCUGUCGAUACCUCGACUGCUGGGGCUGUCAUGGAGACAGCUCCACGUGAGACUCCCCCGGAGCCGGUAUUAACUCGUCGUCGCAGCAUCCCACCAGAGACUCAGCGCCCAGUCCUCCGCCGCAAGGCCAAAGAAGCCGUCGACGAGGGCGAAGAGAUGUCCGACAACCCCAAGAUUCAGCAGUACGCUCGCCACAACCAGCCGUGGCGCAACUGGAACCAGCCAGCUGGACCAAUGGUGCCAGCCUACCCACCACCGACGAAGGAUCCAGAGAAGAUCAAUCAGUACCUCAAGGUGAUGGAAGACAAGUCACGCUUCCCAACCGACGAGAACGAGAGCGGCAAAUACGACCGCCACAAGGACAUGGAGGAGAUGGAGAGAAUGGUGCAUCGUACUCCCGAGCAGAUCGAGGAGUGCAGAAAGAGAGUUGAUGGCUAUCUCAUUUAUGGCCCAGCUGGAGGCAACCCAAUUGUGUUGACGCACAAGGGACAAGAGAUCGGAGGCCGAUUGAUGGAGGAAAAGGAGAGACGCAAGCGCGGAGCAACCGCCAACGCGACCAACGCUCAAUCGACCAACGCGACUACCACUCAGGCGACCACCACCCAGACGACCACCACGACUCCUGCAGGCUUGGGCAUCUUCAACCCGCCGGCCAACGUCGAGACGAAGCGACCACUGCCUCCUCUUCCUACUAAGAAGCCAGAGCCAGAGGGAUCGAUCUGUGCUCAGGCCGUCCAAGAGGGCUUCUACGACUCGGACACCUUCAGAGAGACGCUUCGUGCCUUCAAUCGUCAACGCGCUGACUCAGACUCGUCGGUUCGUACUUCGUACCACAUUUCUGAGCAGCUGCCGGCUAGUGCACUUCGCGACCGCUCUGCUCAGAAUCAAGACGAGGGUUCCGAGGAGGCUGUUGAGGACAACUCUGACGCUGGGGUCACCUCUGCCGCUGAGGACACUCCUGACGCUGAGGACACCUCUGACGCUCGGUACACCUUUGACGGUGGAGACUCUGACGCUGAGGACACCUCUGACGCUGAGGAUACCUCUGACGCCGACUCUGCCGCCGACUCUGCCGCCGACUCUGACGCUGAGCAAGACGCCGACGACAAGUCAGCUCCUGUCCAAGACGACACUCAGCAACACCCCUCUCCACCAGACAACACGCAGCAGUAA